CGCUCGCGGCCUACUGUACCUGGCCUGGCGCGUUCCGGUUCCGGGAAAAACAGUUUUCGAUUUUACGUAUUCACUUUUUAUAUAUAUUUUUUUAUUAAAGUUUAUACUGUGUAUUCUAUUUUUAAAUGUUAUAAGUAGUACAUAUUGUUGCUUCUGUUUGAUCACAACAUUUUUAUUUCUUUUUCAACUUUUUUAUUUUAAUUGUGUUUAUUAUAUUUAAAUUUAGAAUUCUUAUAUCUUUAUUUAUAGAUAAAUAUAUAAUUAAGAGAUACAAUGUAACAAUUAAGUUUUUAUGAGAACUAAGUGAUAAAAUGGACUCGAAAGUGAAAUUGAAAUGACUGAAAAAUGAUGUGAAAUGAUGGCAGUCAAAAGACUUAUCAUAGUGUGGGCGGUAUGGCUCGUGUUGCCAUUGGCAACGGGCCAUCUCAACGUGCUCAUCAGUAAGGUGGAAGUAAUGAAGCUAUUAGGUCUAGAUGCGGAACUGUACUAUGUUAGGGAAGGGGUGGUAAACACUUAUGCUACCGGUUUCAUAGUACCGGUACCGGCGCAUAUAGCUGACCUCGAGUUCAUGUGGCAAGCGCUCGGUAGAAGACCUCUUCCAUAUGUGAUGGGCAUAGACUACGAGAGCCGAGGCGCCAUGCUGCCGCCACAAGUCAAUAUCUCCGAGCGGGGCCUGGUACCUACCACGUUGCAGACUUUUAGAGUUCGCUUGCCAUGCACCGGCACACGGAGUGCUGAAAUACUUGUGACCAUCCAACUCAAUAUAUCAGCACCAGAUCGCGCGCACAAGGACGUCAGAUUAUUAUUCAAAAGGAACAAAAUUUGUUGGAAAGGUAUGUCAUCAAUAGUGACGCACAAUGAAACAGCCCGGCUAGCUGGUGACGCGUCUCGAGACUCCAGUGGUGUUUUGUUCGUGGCUGGUGGGUGUGCAGCUGCAGCUCUAGCGUUGUUGGCCGCAGCGGCGGCAGCUGGCACCCUGUACAAAAGAGGUAGCAAGCAGAGGCAUCAUGACUCCAUACAUACUUCGUACACAACAGCUGCGUACGGCAGCCAUCAGAACGUAUUGCUGCGGCUCGAUACACUAGGCCGACCACCGAGUUCGACAGGCUCGUACGCCACUAUAGCCAGUCUACACAAAUUUCCUUUUGGAAGUCGGAGAUCUCCCUCGCCAUAUGCCACAACUCAUAUUGGAGAGCAUAUUUAUGCUAAACCAGAGUCACGGGUGUCAUACUAUGCGGCUUCAAAUCUUACGCAUGUUUCUCAGCAAACAACUAAAGACCGGAUUACUGAUCCAGCAGAACAACUGCAGUAUCUUACAACUGCUCGUGCAAAUAUACGUCUUGAAAUAUUAGUCCACGAAGGCACAUUUGGAAGGGUUUAUAAAGGAGUAUUUAAAAAGGAGGAUACGUAUGAAGAAGUUAUUGUAAAAACUGUAUCAGAAGCGGCGUCGGCAAUGCAAGCAGCUUUGCUGGUUGCUGAAGGUUUGCGACUCUGCGGGCUAGUUCAUGCUAAUGUGCUUGCGCCUAUGGCGGCUUGUGCUGAAGAAGCAAGAAGGCCGCUUUUAGUUUAUUGUUGUGUCUCACACUCUUCUAAUCUUAAGAGAUUUCUUACAUCCUGUCGACUGGGACAUCAAGCCGCACCAGCUACAAGAGAAUUGGUGGAUUUGGGUGCACAAGUAGCUUGUGGUUUAGCAUACUUACAUGUUCAGAGAUUAGUACACGCCGAUAUCGCUGCCAGAAACUGCAUAGUCGAUGAGAAAUUGAGACUGAAAGUGACAGACAAUGGUCUAUCACGAGAUUUAUUUCCUGACGAUUAUCAUUGUCUUGGAGAUAACGAAAAUAGACCGGUGAAAUGGAUGGCUCCUGAAACUUUGUUGCAGAACCAAUACACUACUGCGUCUGAUGUGUGGUCAUUAGGUAUAACAUUAUGGGAAUUAUCUACGUUAGGUGCAUCUCCACUAACUGAAUUAGACGCAGCUGAUGUUGGUGCUUUUCUUAAUGGGGGGUACAGGCCAUCUCAACCUCAUAAUUGUCCUGAUGAAUUGUAUGGCCUAAUGUCUUGGUGCUGGACAAUGUCGGCGUCUGCUCGUCCAACGGCUCCGCAACUCUUAGCCGCCCUCCACGACUUUAGGCAAGCUCUUAGCACUUACAUUUAAUACUUACGGCUUUGUAUCUCUUAUCUCGAAGAAACAAGUACGUAGAUAUCUAUAUUGAAACAUUCUAGUAUCUGACUUUGUACAUUUCAAUAUUUCUAAACUAAAACAACUUGUCAAUUGUCACACACAUCCUUGGUACUAUUUUUCUUUACAUUACAUCUUUACCAAAGUGCCUGCCAAAGAUUUUGAACGUUACGCAAUAUUAGUUUUUGAUUUCAUAAAUAGCAAUUAGAUAAUUCCAGUAGAAGUCUAACAAUUUAGAUAUUAUAAAUUUUACACCACAUCUCUGUAAUAUCGUCAGCACAGCAUUAUAUGAAUACAUAUGAAGGCCUAGUACUUAAUUACCAUGUUUUUCAAUCACAACAAUAACAGUCGAAUGAUAUAUGCAUUGCAGUAAAUUGUGUUUACAAUAGUCAACAUUGGUAUGGCCUCAUCUAGCGAUAGAGUAGGCAAUAAUAGUCCGUUAAUCGAAUACGUUUUGUUUAAUCACUUUGCUUUAUUUCGUUUAAUGUUGUAUCCAUUUACAAAUAAACCGAAGUGUUCGUUUUAAUGUAAACCUUAGGGACAUGACAACAAAGUCAAUAUUAAUAUUACCAAAAGUUGUUUUAAGCUUGGAUGUGAAUAUUAUGGAAUAGUUAAUAUUAUAGUAUUAAAACCAAAUAUAUAAAUAACUGUGCUAAUAUUAAUCGAGGAUGAAGUCUAGACGUAUUUUAACUAAGAAAGUGAUAUACAUGUAAGUAAAUAUAAAUAUUAUUCACCAUUUCAUGGGAAUGGGUGUAGAGUUGAAAAUGCUAGAUGAUGUCGUUUAGAACUUAGGUGAAAUAGUUAAUAUAAGUGGUUGGAAAUGCUGUAAUAUUUCAACUUAAUUGUAUAUAAACUGCAUGUUCAUUCAUAUGAAUUAACUAUAUUUCCUUAGGUUGUGCUGAAAGUUUCUGAAUUAAUAGAUACAUAACUUAAACAAUUGAAUCUUCAACAAGUUGAAUAUUUUAUGCAAAAUCCGUUACUGCCUGUAAGUGCUAUAAUUAAUUUGUAUUCGAUAAAAAACCGAUUUUAUUUAUGACAAAACUGGUUAUUUGCAGGCGGUUUGGCAUAUGCAGGUUUUGGUAAUGUUUUAAAGUAGACGCCGCUACCCAUUUAUCGACCAUUAAGUUCCCUUAUAGUUGCUUCUUACGACACCAAUGGGACUUGCUUUUAUAUUGUUGAUUAGGUUCAGAAACUUUCAAAACGGCUCACAUAUGACGUAACCAAAAACAAUUUAAACAACAAUUUUGUAAAUAAACACGACUAUAUGAGCAGAAAUACGCUAUUAAUCCAAUUGUUUAAAAUUGUAUAUACGAGUACAUACGAUUCGAUGCGAAAGGAAUUUAGUUUUAAAUAUACUGAAGUUAUAGCUAGGCUGAAUAAUUGAAACAGUCUAGAGUAUGACGGGGACGUUUUUAAAUAAAGGAUAUAGUAUUGGAUUUACCAUACAAUAUAAGUUUUCUCAUCAGAGAAUAUAAGAUUGAUUGUCGAAAAACCUAGUUUUUACAGAGAAUGUAUAAAUAUAAAUUGAUGUUUAUUAUACGAGUUUAGGUUAAGUUCCUGAGGACAAAAAGUCCGUCCAGGCCCGCAAAAGGAUCAACACCAAAACAGUAGUUAGUCAUGGCAUCGUUGGCGAUCUGGUUUCGACGAA